AUGGAUGAAAUAGGUAUCGAAAUCACAAGAAAUGAGCCGACCUUUGAGUCCGUCGUGAGCGAGAAAGCUGCAUUCUAUCAUGACCUCCAUGAGGAGGAAGACCUUUAUCUGAAAUACAAGAAGCUCGCUCGCCACCUGGAAAUGCUUGAUAUACAAGAAAACUACAUCAAAGACGAGCAGGCCAACCUCAAGCGGGAACUCAUUCGGGCCCAAGAGGAGGUGAAGCGUAUUCAAUCCGUCCCACUGGUCAUCGGUCAAUUCCUGGAGCCUAUCGACCAACACACCGGCAUUGUCGGGUCCACUACUGGCUCAAAUUACGUCGUCCGAAUUUUAUCAACUCUUGACCGUGAACUACUCAAACCUUCUUCAUCCGUCGCCCUCCACCGACAUUCAAACGCCCUCGUCGAUAUUUUGCCUCCCGAGGCCGACUCCUCCAUUGCCAUGCUUGGGAAGGAGGAGAAACCUGAUGUGGCGUACGCUGAUGUUGGUGGGAUGGAUGCACAAAAGCAGGAAAUUCGGGAGGCGGUGGAGCUGCCCCUCACCCAUUUCGACCUGUACAAGAAGAUCGGCAUCGACCCACCCCGUGGUGUUUUGCUCUAUGGUCCACCUGGUACCGGCAAGACAAUGUUGGUAAAGGCGGUGGCACAUCAUACAACAGCUGCGUUCAUCCGCGUCGUGGGUAGCGAGUUUGUUCAAAAAUACUUGGGAGAGGGCCCGCGUAUGGUCCGUGACGUCUUUCGGCUGGCAAGAGAGAACUCUCCUGCAAUAAUCUUCAUCGACGAGAUUGAUGCUAUUGCCACAAAACGAUUCGAUGCACAGACGGGUGCUGAUCGUGAGGUCCAACGUAUUCUGCUAGAACUGUUGAAUCAGAUGGAUGGUUUUGAUCAAACUAGCAACGUAAAGGUUAUCAUGGCUACGAAUCGAGCGGAUACGCUCGACCCAGCGCUGCUGCGACCUGGUCGUCUAGACAGAAAGAUUGAAUUCCCUCUUCCAUCACGGCGAGAAAAGCGAUUGAUCUUCCAAACUGUGACCAAUAAAAUGAACCUUGGUCCAGACGUCGACCUGGAGGAUUAUGUUUCUCGACCAGACCGACUUUCAUCAGCAGAAAUUGCAUCCAUAGUGCAAGCUGCUGGUCUACAAGCCGUGCGGAAGAAUCGUUAUGUCAUUCUGCCUGUGGACUUUGAGGAGGCGUGGAAAGUAAGUUGUUUGGAUUUGUUUGCAACAAUCCACGUAACUAUAAAAACUCAACUUUUUUCUUGCAUCACAGCAAACAGUCAAACGGUCAGACGAGACACACGAGUUCUAUCGGUAGUUUGCAUUUUACUGCGUCUGUCCGAUCCUGCACGAAGGACUGGCGCCCAUUCAAAGGAGCAAUAUGAACCUCGUCCUACCCUUUUUCUUGCUCUUCGCAUGCCGUAUGGCAUCGCCCCAUGGUUGGACUUUUCUGAUUAUGCGGGCAUGGAGAUUUGA